UCCCUUUAUUUAUUUAUUUUAAUGGAUUUUAAAACCCACUUAGUUUUUUGAUUUCUCUCGGGAACCCAUCUCUCUCGUUGUCUCCCUCUUGUGGCUGUAAAGAAGAAGAAGGAGGGAGGCGAUGGAGACAGGGAGUGAGUUUCCCGGUAAUGAUUCCGGUGUAAAUUCCACCAGAGUUCCUUCUAUUGUAAAGCAGAUUUUAGAGUUUAUUCAAUCAGAUGAGCCAAAUUUAAAAAUUCAAGCUGCAAGAGAAAUCAGACGGCUCACGAAGACGUCUCAUAAGCACCGUCGUCACUUCUCCGGCGCAAUUGAGUGUCUUGUUGCUAUGCUCAGAUCUGACUCCCCGGACUGUUACGAAGCUGCCCUUCUCGCGCUCCUUAAUCUUGCCGUCAAGGAUGAGACGAAUAAGAUUGCAAUUGUGGAUGCUGGAGCCCUUCAACCUCUCAUCUGUUUCCUAAAAUCAAACGAUUUAAAUUUGCGGGAGUAUGCCACAGCCGCUAUACUAACCCUCUCUGCUUCUGCCAUCAACAAGCCAAAAAUCAGUGCGUCUGGUGCCAUCCCUCUCCUUGUUGAAAUCCUUAGAGAUGGAAGCCCGCAAGCAAAGGUUGAAGCAUUGAUGGCACUAUACAAUCUCUCCACCCAGCCAGAGAAUCUCAACAUAAUUCUUGCUGCAAAAGCCAUCUCUCCCCUUGUUAACUUGCUCAAGAGUUGCAAGAAAUCUUCAAAAACAGUCGAGAAGUGUAGUGCACUCAUAGAAUCCUUGUUAAGUUAUGAUGAGGGGAGAACUGCAUUGACAUCUGAAGAAGGUGGAGUGCUUGCAGUGGUUGAAGUACUAGAGAGUGGCUCACUACAAAGCCGAGAGCAUGCAGUUGGUGCACUUCUGACAAUGUGUAAGAGUGAUCGAUGUAGGUAUAGAGAACCAAUUCUUAGGGAAGGUGUCAUUCCCGGUCUUCUUGAGCUUACAGUCCAGGGGACACCAAAAUCUCGGUCAAAAGCACAGACCUUAUUGGAGUUACUGAGGGAUUCUCCCCACCGUAGAGCUGAAUUUGAAGCCGACACACUGGAGAACAUUGUCUGCAAUAUUGUCUCUCAGAUUGAUGGUGAAGACCGAGGUGGAAAAGCACAGAAGAUGCUAGCUGAGAUGGUGCAAGUAAGCAUGGAACAGAGCUUGAGACAUUUGGAGGAGAGGGCUUUAGUGUUUACCUCCAAAGUUUCUUCAAAAUGAUUGCUUUGGUUGUUGCCUUUGUGCUUUCUCAUUGUGUGGGAAAUCAAGUUUUCAAUAGUGAAGAAAUAAGAUAAGUGGGGGUGGGGGGGAAGGGAAAGAAAAAAAAAAAGCCAGUCCAGGCCAGGAUGGUAUCUGGUGACUGGUAAUUGUCAAUACUUAAAGUGUAAGCAUGGUUGUCUUUCCUGAUUUGUAGAAAAAGAAAUGUUAUAUUAACUGUUUUUCCAGCAGUUAAA